AUGGGAGAGAUCUUUGAUGCCACACCUCCGGAGCGGAUUUCAAAGGUGUUCCUUGAGGAGAAGCUGUUUAAGACAUGGUACUAUGGCCGCACUGUGUUGAUUGGCGAUGCUUGCCACAAGAUGCUCCCUGCAGCAGGCGUAGGCGCUGUGAAUGCAAUGCAAGACGUUGUGGUAUUGGCAAACUGUCUGUAUAGUAUGAAUAGUUCGACGCAAGAAGACAUCACUGCAUUGUUCCAGGAAUAUUACAAACAGCGAUUUCAUCGGGCAGCUAACGAGAUUGAGCGAAGCAAGGCCAUGGCCAAGAUGAUAGCUGGACAGACUUGGCUCGAGAGAGUUGUCCGACAUGUGUUGCUCAAUUAUCUUCCAAACUGGUUACAACAACAAAUUUCAACCAAGAAUUUCGAGUAUCGUCCUCAAAUCGCAUGGCUCCCUUUGGUACCGCACCGCGGAUUAGGACGAGUAUUACCACAAGAAGGCCCAAGAAGACCUAGACCUGGAUUUCACUUACCACAGCAGUCCAUAGCUCAAACAGUCUAA